CCCGGAAGUGCGCCGGGACGCGGGAUUUCCGGCCUGCGCGGACGGCCGCCUUCCUUUCCUGCCGGAAGCCGCCCAGGAGGAGCACGUUGAGCCGCCAGCUGCGCCAUGCCGCCCAAAGACGACAAGAAGAAGAAGGACGCGGGCAAGUCCGCCAAGAAGGACAAGGACCCCGUCAACAAGUCCGGCGGCAAAGCCAAGAAGAAGAAGUGGUCCAAGGGGAAGGUGAGGGACAAGCUGAACAACCUGGUCCUCUUCGACAAAGCCACCUACGACAAGCUCUGCAAGGAGGUGCCCAACUACAAGCUCAUCACGCCCGCCGUGGUCUCCGAAAGGCUGAAGAUCCGAGGGUCGCUCGCGCGGGCUGCGCUACAAGAGCUCCUGGGCAAAGGUCUAAUUAAACUGGUCUCCAAGCACAGAGCACAGGUCAUCUACACCCGAAACACCAAGGGAGGUGAUGCACCAGCUGCAGGAGAGGAUGCUUGAGAAGAUUCUCAGAUGGCUUUCAAAGUUACUUGUAUACACACACAAAAAAAUAAAUUGAUUAAACUCUGAGGCUUUGUAA